GCGGGGCUUCAAGAACUGGCGGCGGAGCCUCGCGAAGGUUCCAGAGGCGUCGCGUGCGGAGGGCGGGCCGCCGAGUUCCGCCGGGUCGGUGUAGUUCGCUGCUGGCGCUGUGUCGCUCUCGGGUGCCGUGUUCCGCGUUUCCUGUCAGCUCCGGUGCACCGGUGCAACUCCGGCCUCGGGCCCGAUCGCCACACCAUGGCUUCCGCUUUGGAGGAGUUGCAGAAGGACCUGGAAGAUGUCAAAGUGUUGCUGGAAAAGUGCACUAGGAAAAGAGUACGUGACGCUCUUACAAGUGAAAAGUCCAAGAUUGAGACAGAAAUAAAGAACAAGAUGCAGCAGAAAUCACAGAAGAAACCAGAACUUGACAGUGAAAAGCCAGCUGCUGUGGUUGCUCCACUUACAACAGGAUACACUGUGAAAAUCAGUAAUUAUGGAUGGGAUCAGUCAGAUAAGUUUGUGAAAAUCUACAUUACCUUAACUGGAGUUCAUCAGGUUCCCACUGAGAAUGUGCAGGUACACUUCACAGAAAGGUCAUUUGAUCUUUUGGUAAAAAAUCUCAAUGGCAAGAAUUACUCUAUGAUUGUGAACAAUCUUUUGAAACCCAUCUCUGUGGAAAGCAGUUCCAAAAAAGUCAAGACUGAUACAGUUAUCAUCUUAUGUAGAAAGAAAGCAGAAAACACACGAUGGGACUACUUAACUCAGGUGGAAAAAGAAUGCAAAGAGAAAGAAAAGCCUUCCUACGACGCUGAAACAGAUCCUAGUGAGGGAUUAAUGAACGUUCUAAAGAAAAUUUAUGAAGAUGGAGAUGAUGACAUGAAGCGAACCAUUAAUAAAGCAUGGGUGGAAUCUAGAGAGAAGCAAGCCAGAGAAGACACAGAAUUUUGAGACUUAAGUCCUUUGGGAACUGUGUUGUGGAAUGCUCAUGUUUCCAGUAAGGGAAUAUUGUUGAACUGCACAUAAAAUUUGACAGAUAACUAUUUACACAGCCUUCUAAGUAAAAACAGCAAAUUCUCCAUAUCUUACUGGAGGAUUUGAUUUAAAUAAAAAUACUUAUUAAACGUUCUCCAUUAACAUCCUGGUCAUUUUGUUUAAGAAAAGGUUAUAUGGUGUUCCUUAUUGUAAUGUAAGAAGGAAAUCCUACAUAAUGAAAAUGUUACUUUUGUUCUGGCUGAGAGACAAAAUAUUUGCCUAUCUGACAUCAUCUCCCACUAAAGUAAAAAUAAAACCAAAACUCUUGCAUAAGAUGCAAAUUUGUACACAAACUUGCAAGUUACUAUAGACCUGUUACCCGUUAUUACCAGCUUAAGCAGUGUGUGCCAUGCGUUACCAUGUACUACUAAUUAAGUAUAUUUAUGAAUAUAAAAAAAAACACAAAUGACAAAAAAUAGACAAACAUGUUGGUAAGUACUGCCGUGGAUCAGAUGGCUUAUAAAAAUAUAACCACGAUGCAAAACUUUAAAAAUUAAUCUAUUCCUUUGUUCAAUAAAGUUGAAGCUUUAUGUAAAAGAUGA